AUGGCGCCCAAUAACCAGCUCGGCAAGCGCGUCAAGCUGACACAAGUUCGCCGCCCAUUCAUUGUCGGCACGACAGCAGUGCCAUUUAGCGAAGCGAACCCGCGACCGGUCGGCGCGCCCGAUAAUCAUACGCAUUCUUGGUCUGUCUUUGUAAAAGGCCUCGAAGACACGGAUAUUACGUACUGGCUGCGACGUGUUCAGUUCAAGCUGCACGAGUCGAUUCCUAAUCAUGUGCGCAUGAUUGAAGGCGAGGCCGGUAAGCCUUUCAUGGUCAGCGAGACGGGUUGGGGUGAAUUCGACAUUACCGUCAAGCUAUACUACGUCAACGAAUCCGGCGAGAAACCGCAAACAUUAUACCACUAUCUGCGCCUGCAUCCAUUUGGGCGAACCGAGGAGGAGAAGCAAGCCAUGAUGACUGGAAAUGGCGAAGUCCGCGCGUGGAGCUACGAAGAGCAACUAUUCAAUGAACCCUACGAAGCCUUCUUCAACGUCCUCACCAGCGGUGCCGUCCCGAAAGGCUGGAAGACGGCAGGGGGCGGCAAGGGCAAAGGCAAGAACCGCCCGACGCCGCCUCUGCCCGCUCCCGACAGCGACAAUGUCUGGGAGCGAUCCGCCAUGAUCCCGAAGCACAACCGCCCCGCGCAGCCGUUUAGCCGCGAGACGGAGGCGGCCGAGAUCAAGAAGCUAAAGGACGCGCAGACCAAGACGGAGGAGAUGAGCGCCAAGGUGCUCGAGGAGCUCAAGGGCAAGGAAGACUUGCUGGCCAAGCUCAAGGCCGAGAAUGCAGCGGCAGCCGCGACGGCCAAGCCAGCUUAG